UAGACAAACAGGAAGUACGUAGAAAUGUAUUAUGGCGACAGAUGAAAAGGUACAAACUUCAUUUCAGAGAUAGCCAGUGUUAUUACACUGGUAAUACUUAAUUAUCACACUAAUUAUCAAUGCAUGCCCCUUAUACAAAUUCAGAGAUUUGAACUAACAAGAGAAGUGGCGAUGUGAUAUUACUUGAAGCCGCUAUGACAACUAUAAAUUAUGCCAUCUCAAAUGCCAACAUUACCGGCGAGGGCCAGGGGGCAAGGCCUCGAAGAAAAUGUUCACUGUGUCAGCUUCCAUUCAAGUCAGCUGAUGAUUUCACAAGACAUUUAAGAGAUUUCCACUGUUCAAAAGAGGGAGGCUCUUUUGUGUGCAGAUAUGGACUGAAUAAUGUGUGUCCCUCCUUGCCGUUAGAGGGGGUUAGUGACAUGGACUAUGAAAACCAUAUAGCUCGGGACCAUGUUCAUUCGUAUCAACAACAUGGUAUAGGCCAAAAGAACAGUACUGGAGUAAUGGCAUCAUAUGUGUCUGAUCAUAACAAAAAAGAAGAGCCAAGUGUUGUCCAAGAUCAACAUAAAUGGACAAUAUACAAGUCAUGUGUAAACCUUCCAGCGGCACUAAAUGACCCACUGCGUUCAAAGCGUGAAUAUGACUUUUUCACAAAAACUUGGGGUCAAGAUUUUUAUGAAAGAACAGAAGUUCCGCCUUCACCAUAUCUGAUUCAUAUUUCCAGAGAACAUUUCCAGAAGUAUAGACAUAGAAUAUCAAAGAGAUAUAAGAAGCAUGUUCAUAGAACCAAUCAGUUCUUUCAAGAAUCUCCAGGUGGGGAAACCUUCUUACAGCAGCUUGAAAAGAACAGAGCUGAGUUACAACAAAUACCUAAACUGUUCCUUUUACCAAAUUUUGAACUGGACAAUAGUGAUACUUUCAAUGCUGUGUUUCCAUGGCAACAAAUUGAGUCGAAAAAUCAUUCCAAGUCUUCUAGUCCUACUUCUUCUGGACCACAGUCAUCAAAACUCCUCCAGGAAAAGUUAAGUCAUUACUUAGAUAUAGUGGAGGUGCAUAUAGCCAAACAAAUAUCAACCAAGUCCGACGCAUUUUUCCAGGCCAUGUCCCGUCAGGACAAACUCCAGGAGAACAUGCUGCAAACAUGUCAAACAAUUAAACGGCUUAGGGACAGAGUGAAAACUAUUGAUGACUAUCUGGCCAAAGGAUCUUUAAAAAUAAUCAAAUUGUAUCGUACCAGAGCUAAUUAUGCACAGCUUUAUAAUAAACUUAAGAUGAUGGCCACAGUGCACCAAACCCAGCCCACCAUACAGUUGCUGCUGUCUACUAACGAGUUUGUUGGUGCCCUGGACCUGAUCUCCACGACACAGGAAGUCCUCUCACAGGAGUUAGCAGGUGUCCACAGCUUUAGACACCUUGGUUCCCAGCUGGCAGAGAUGGAGAAGGUGAUCGAUCGUAUGCUACAGGAAGAUUUUGCCAAAUAUGUGUCUUCAGACCUGAACAGGCCAGUCACCGACCCCGAACUCCUACAGGAGGAGGAAAAGCUUGUGUCCCUGGUGUUUGGUAUGAUUCGGCGUGGCCGGUAUAACUUUGUGGAUGUUUACCGGGAGGAGGCAUUGACAGCUGUACGGGCCACUGUCAAACAGACCGUGGUUGAAGCUGUGUCGUCAGCAGAUGUAGACACAGACGAGAAUGCCUCAAGUUUGGGAGACCAAAUGAGACUGCUAGAUUACAACCAGUGGAUGGACUGCCUGAAGCAGAUCUUCUCUAAUCUUCUGGUUCACCUAAAUCGAGUAAAGACAUUCCAUGGCGUUAUUACCGAUGUGGUCGGUAUCACAGCCCGUAAAACACACGUGCCUAGUCCUCUGGCUUCACCAACCCACAACAUGGAAUCCUUGUCUGAAGCUUCCCAUCUUCAUGUAUCUGUGAGUGAGGAUGCAGCUGAUUUGAUGAUAAGUGAUGCUGACUUUGUCACUGUCAGCUCCAGUCUCUCUGACUUACUCAUCAACAUGUGUGACUUUUCUCAUGACCGCUGUGUCAAGGUCAUUGUAGCUCGGUCAAAGGAUGGGUUUCUAGAGAGAUUAUCAUCUAACGAAUUUGUGAACUUAUCACGAGUAGUAGAGGGAUUUGUGAAUGACUGUGAAGGAGUGUGUGGUAGACGCAGUGCCUCUUUACGACUUAGUCUACAAUCACAGGCAUCUAGAUUUGUGAAUCGUUUCCAUGAUGAGAGAAGAACAAAAUUAAGUUUGAUAUUGGACAAUGAGCGCUGGAAACAGGCAGAUGUUCCAGCCGAAUUCCAGGAGCUGGUCGACCACAUCUCCAAAACAGGCAAACUUUGUGUUAUUGAGAGGACUUCUGAUGCAGAUAAAAAGCCAUUCAGCACAUUGUCAGUGGAUGGCUUAAGUUACUCUGUAGUCGGGACGGUGCUCAUGUUAUUCAAGAUGAUGGUGGAAUACUGUCAGUGUGUAGAUGACAUUCCUACUGCUGCCCCAGACCUACUUACUCGCCUCAUAGAACUGAUAAAAAUUUUUAACUCAAGAACAUGCCAACUUGUGCUUGGUGCUGGGGCACUUCAGUUAGUUGGACUGAAAACUAUCACCACAAAAAAUUUAGCACUGGCAUCUCGCUGUCUGCAGCUGGUUGUGCAUUACAUGCCUUUGGUGCGUGGGCACUUUGAGUCACACCUACUUGACAAAAACAAAACAAUGCUAAAACAUUUUGACCAAGUCAAGAAGGAUUACAUGGACCACAUCAAUGAGAUCACAAACAAGCUGGUCAGUGUAAUGGAGGGUGUGGUUGAGUCACAGCUUGUCAAGUGGGAAGUGAAGGCACCCAUGCCGUCGGCCUGUUUCCGCUCCAUUUGUAAACAGAUUACCAAGAUGCAUGAGGUGGUCAUUGAUAUCCUCCCAGAGGACCAGAUCAAGACCUUGUUCCAGAGUAUAAACCAAGUAUUUAUCAGAUUAGUCCGACUACAACUGGUCAAAUUGGAUGUGUGUAGUAAUGGUGGUCCUCAACAUGCGUUGGUGACCUCUGACUUGGCCUUUUAUUCGGGGACAUUUAAAACAUUACGGGGACUAGAAGCAUUAGCCAACAAUACAAAUGCUGUGUGGGAUACAAGCUGACCCAUCAUGUCGGUCCAUCUUUGACCAUUUGACCUCUACAAAUUGUGUGCAAUGUUUACAAAGGUUUUUAAGGGAAAAUAUGUAUUCUAUGAAAACAAAAUGUUUUAAACUGUCUGCAUAGAUCAUGGGCUAGGAAUAUGCAUGUUUACAACUGUUACUGUAAAACAGUUCCCAACAUUCGAUGGAACAUUAGGGGACACGGUCUUCAAAUUGAGAUAAGUGAAUUCAUUAUAAAUUAUCUUGUGAAAUUGUGAAUAUUUAAGUAACAAAUUUAUUAGAUGGUGACAACAUCGUAUCUUAAAUACUGUAUAUGAAUAACUGUUAGUAUCACUUAUUCUGACAUUACUAAUAACAAUAUAUGACGAUUUUUAUUUUCCUUUGUUUAUAUAAUUUACAACUUGUGUUCUAUUUGAUAUUGAUGAAACUUAUCGAUGCUUGUUCGUAGUAUUGUUAAUGAUAUAUUUAAAGAUUCGGUAUCAAAGAAUCAAUUUCUGUCAAAUGGUUACUUUUUUUUUGUAUAAAAACAGGACAGAGUAUUAGAUAAGUGGGAAGAAUGAUGAGGAUCAAUGUCGACUAGCUUUUCUUUCAGUCCAUAACAUUUUGUUUAUAGAUAUUCAGUUAUUUAUUUUUUGUCUUUCAUUAAUUGAACCAAUCACUUUUUUGCUCAUCAUUAGAUGGUGAGCAGUUUCAAAUGCCUUUUGUCUGUGAUCUGUCACCUGUUGGUAAACAAUCCUAGCUAUUGUUAUGUCUUGAGUACUGAAAGGAUAUGUCUCAUACCUCAUCUGUACAUGUUGGUUCCCUGGGAUGCUAGUUUUGAUUGUUAUACCACAACAAUGAAAUUACAUACUAGUCUGUUGGUAAGAAUGUCUGGCUACACAUUCCGUUGUUAUCUGCAAAUAUAUAUUUUUCAAACUUUGAGGGUUAUUUUGUGUCAUAAUGUCAUUCUGCUCAUCAUGAUUUUCGAUAUUGACUUUUCGCAGAUGUUAAAAGUCCCUUUAAUGGAACUCUUUAAAAGAGAUUGUCUGGGAAAUAUUCAAACCUCGUUGGUGAUAUUGUAACCUAAUGUAUAUGUGCCACCUAGCAUUAUGUUAGAGUCAUUUGAUGACAACUUAAGUUCAGUGACUGAUUUGAAAAACAAAAUGGCCGACAGGUGUCCAUCUUGAAUUUUGAAGCACAAGUUUCAUUUAUAGCUUCCUCUUUGUCCUUAGUUGUGCAAGAAGAAAACUACAGUCAUAUUCAUCAAUCAAACAUUAAAAAUAGAACUGAUUAGAGAAUAAAAGAGGAAAGAUCAGACUUACUUUGAACCAAAAAAGGUUCAUGCAAUGAUCGGGCCCAAAGAUAACUCUGGGAUCUCUUGUUUGGUUAUCUGUCACACUGAAUCCAGUCUUUCUUUGUCCUAUUGUUACAUGUUCAUAUCGAACGGCAUCUUUUAUAAUAAGAAUCUUUCUUUCUAUUAAACAGCGAGAUUGGUAGCACAGAUUUAUUUUUUCCCUAUGCAGUCAAUUUACAUGGUGAAAUUAACAUUUUACAAGUUCAGUACAUUAUAUGUUAUAGCAUUAUAAUGGUGUUAAUUUACCUCAAUAUUCAGUAUUAAUAUUUUCAGAAUAAACAGCAUUUUACUUGCAUUUGGCUUGUAUAUAUACAGUUUGUGCUUAUUAAAUGCAUAGAUAAAUUGCUUUCAGAUAAAUCUAUGUAUUAUUUGUUGGUACUUAUAGAAGCAAAUAAUCAAGCUAAACAUCUCUUCCUCUGCUUAUAAGAAUGAAUUCUGCUAGAAUAGUUUAUUUGGGACUUUACCUGCAAUUUUGUCAUAAUUUGUAAACUGACACACUUUAAAAUUAUUAUUUGAUUUCCCUUCAAGGAUAUGCAUAGUACAUAUUAAGUUUAUUACAUUUAGACGAGAGCUUCUUCACCUGUAAAUGAAAGCUAUUUUAUAGCUGCAUAAAAUGGAAGUUUCUACAGUUAUUUCAUAGGAGCUCAGUCACCUAUAUAUGAGUAAUUCCAACUCUAGAUGGGAGUUAUUUCAAUCUAUAGAUGGGACUUACUUCACCUAAAGAUGGGAGUUAUUUCACCGAUAAAUGGUAGUUAUUUCACUUAUACAUGUAGAUGGGAGUUAUUUCACCUAUAGAUGGGACUUAUUUCACCUAUAGAUGGGACUUAUUUCACCAAUAGGUGAGAGUUAUUUCACCUAUAAAUGGGAGUUAUUUCACCUAAAGAUGGGACUUAUUUCACCUAUAAAUGGGACUUAUUUCACCUAUAGAUGGGAGUUAUUUCACCAAUAGGUGAGAGUUAUUUCACCUAUAAAUGGGAGUUAUUUCGCCUAUAGAUGGGACUUACUUCACCUAAAGAUGGGAGUUAUUUCACCUAAAGAUGGGAGUUAUUUCACUUAUACAUGUAGAUGGGAGUUAUUUCGCCUAUAGAUGGGAGUUAUUUCACCUAUAGAUGGGAGUUAUUUCACCUAAAGAUGAGAGUUAUUUCACCUAUAGGUUGGAGUUAUUUCACCCAUAGAUGGGACUUACUUCACCUUUAGAUGGGAGUUAUUUCACUUAUAGAUGAGUUAUUUCACCUAUAGAUGAGAGUUAUUUUACCUUUAGAUGAGAAUUAUUUCACCUAUAGUUGAGAGUUAUUUUACCUAUAGAUGAUAUUUAUUUCACUUAUAGACGAGUUAUUUCACCUAUAGGUUGGAGUAUAUUUCACCUAUAGGUUGGAGUUAUUUCACUGUUAGAUGAUAGAUGUGUCACCAGUUGCUAUUUCAAAUCAUUACGGGGGUAAACAUAUAAGACUGGAGCUAUUUCAUCAAUAACAUCGAUUGUAAUUUUGUUAUUUACGAAUUGCAGAGAUUACGAUAUUGUGAAAAUAUAACUUAAUAUCACCAUUAGACGAGAAAACAUUUCACCAUUGGAUGAAAAUCACCAUUUGAUUAAAACGGUUUGCCAGUGACAUAUAAGUUAAUUUAAAUUUUCAAAAAGGGAGAUUUUACAUAAUGUUUGGUUGAUAACAUCUGCAGCAUUUUACAUUGCAUUUGUGUGUGAAAGAGAAUGUUUGAUUUAGGUGUAUUUCACUCCCAGAAGAAAAGAAUUUCACAAGUCAUAAUGAGAGAUUUGUCCCACCCUUGUAACAAGUAAAAAAAAAAAAAAAAAAAUAACUAAAAAAAAAUUGAUUAAAAUCUAUCAUUCCCAAUUCUUCAGGUGUACCAACAAUUAUAUCUCCUGUAGUCUAGAUUGCUGGUAUAUUAGUAUACAGGAUGGACUUAUUUUUUGUAUUGUUGAUUUGUAUUCUCCAUGAUCAUUGUAUGUCAAAUUGAAUUGAUACACAAAUUGAUCUGAAAUUCUUAGCAAAAAUAUUCAAUUUGAAACAAUUAUUGCUAAGACUAAAUGUUUACCUGUUAUCCGAUUUAUUUCCCCAAUCCAAUAGUUCUGCCAUUACAAAUUGAGUCAGGUUAUUUUCAUAUACGUCUUAUGUUCAUCUAGAUGUAAACAAUCACAGGUGCUAGCCAUUUAUUUGUUUCAUUAAGUAUGUCCAUCGUCACUAAUAUGGUGUAAGAGUUUCCAUACAUGUUAGAUUAUUCCAUUGCUGUAAACCUCCCUAACUGGUGCCGUUAUUUUAAGAGAUUUGUUGAAAGUUUCUCUCAGUAAUCAGCGUUGUUCCUUUAAGACCUAAACUUGUGAUAAUUACACUACAAGUCUCGUUGACCUAUACUGCACAGUCUGCCAAUACCAUGACGUUAACAGUUCUUUACUUAAUAUUUUAUAUUUGAGGUAUACACUCCACUCUGUUCGAAAAUACAACGUUCUCUAUGAAAACUCUCUCGCUCAGUUCCGACAUAUACCGUUCUCUAUGGAAACUCUCGCUCAGUUUGGACAUAUACCGUUCUCUAUGAAAACUCUCUCGCUCAGUUCGGACAUAUACCGUUCUCUAUGGAAACUCUCUCGCUCAGUUCGGACAUAUACCGUUCUCUAUGAAAACUCUCUCGCUCAGUUCGGACAUAUACCGUUUCCUAUGAAAACUCUCUCGCUCAGUUCGGACAUAUACCGUUCUCUAUGGAAACUCUCUCGCUCAGUUCGGACAUAUACUGUUCUCUAUGAAAACUCUCUCGCUCAGUUCGGACAUAUACCGUUCUCUAUGAAAACUCUCUCGCUCAGUUCGGACAUAUACCGUUCUCUAUGAAAACUCUCUCGCUCAGUUCGGACAUAUACCGUUCUCUAUGAAAACUCUCUCGCUCAGUUCGGACAUAUACCGUUCUCUAUGAAAACUCUCGCUCAGUUCGGACAUAUACCGUUCCCUGUGAAAACUCUCUCGCUCAGUUCGGACAUAUACUGUUUCUAUGAAAAUUCUCUCGCUCAGUUCGGACAUAUAGCGUUCCAUAUGAAAGCUCUCUCGCUCAGUUCGGACAUAUAGCGUUCCAUAUGAAAGCUCUCUUACUCUUUUCGGACAUACAGCGUUCUCUAUGAAAGCUCUCUAUGAAAGCUAACUGACAGUCAAGACCACAUGACAUUCACCAAUAAAGCCAUGUCGGUAAAGUUCGUAGAUGACGUUUCUUUAUUUGUUCUCUGUUUGCCUUAAAAUACCCUCUCUUUAAAGCCAAAAUUAUUAAAAAAAAAAUGCACCCUUUCUUAACGCAUUUUUCAAGUUAAGAUGGCGAUAUCGUUUUUGUUUGACUUUUACUGCCUUCCGUGUAAAGUCGUCUUCUUUCAACAGUACAGCUGGUUCCAUCAAACUUGCUUUUUGACCAUGGGAAGCCCUCUUAUCACCUUUGAUGUCCUCUCCCUAAAUCCUCCUCUUUCAUUUGUGUUGCGCUUUCCAUUGAGCACUAUUUCAACUUUUACAUCCUUACAUCUUACAUCCUUGUAGAACAAGAAUGAUCCAUCCGCUAGGCGUCCAUUUGCUACUGUAACUCGUGUUCGGAUUAUUAUUCAAGUGUAUUUUUAAUCAGGAGUCUGUAUGCAACCAUAUCAUUGGCAUAUUUGUGAAUAUUCAACAAGUUGGAAAUGAAACACGUUGUAUAAAAAUGUAAAUAUAUGAAAUAAAUUAUUUAAUUAUCAUA